UGAGACGUCACACUUCCGGUAUAUCUCUAGCUCCUCCCUCUCAUGGAUGCAGUCGGCUAACAGGAAGCAGCUCUUCCUCUGAAAACCAGCAGAUUCAUGCUUUAAAGCCUUUUAUGAACUACAUAUAAUAAAAACCUCCACCAUGGCUUCUCGAGCAGGUCCAAGAGCAUCCGGCACAGACGGCAGCGACUUCCAGCACCGGGAGCGGGUUGCUUCGCAUUAUCAGAUGAGUGUUGCCUUGAAGUCUGAGAUCCGUAAACUCAACAUCGUCCAUCUGCUGGUCUGGGUGCUGAUGGCAGCACAGGUGAUAGUGAGCCAGCUGAGCCUCGUCUCCCACAAGAUGGUUGCCUCUCCGUACCAAUGGGAGUACCCGUACCUCCUGAGCAUCGCCCCCACAGUCUUCAGCUUCAUGGCGUUGCCACGAAACAACAUCAGCUACCUGGUGAUCUCUAUGAUCAGCUCCGGGCUCUUCUGCAUUGCCCCGCUGAUUUACGGCAGCAUGGAGAUGUUCCCCGUGGCUCAGCAGCUGUACAGGCACGGCAAGGCUUACCGCUUCAUCUUCGGAUUCUCUGCCGUUACAGUCAUGUACCUGGUGAUCGUCAUCUCUGUGCAGGUGCACGCCUGGCAGAUUUACUACAGCAAGAAGCUGCUGGACCAGUGGUUCACCAGCACGCAGGACAAGAAGAAGAAAUGAGGUCACACAAAGAUCUGGGAAAGGGGAUUUUCCGUUUCUAAACUGGCCAAACAAGACGAAGAGAAGAGACUCACCAAAGCUUUGUUGAUAUGUCAUCUUUGUCUAUGUUUAAAUUUGACCAGUGAUCAAGUGUGCAGGAUAAAUCCAUGGACUGAAAGUGACUGCUGCCAAAACUCUGCACAUUUCUCCUGCAGUUCAUGUUUCCUGCUUCUCAGCACCUUGAUUUUCCAGGUACUGACAGUGUGAAAAACAUAACUGGAACAAAGCUGUAAUCAUGUUUGUGAUUUGGAGUUAAUAAUAAAUUUGAAUAUUUAAACUGA